AUGCUCUCUCGCGCCGCCACCCGUACCACGACCUCUCUGGUCACCAAGCGAGGUUUCCAGACCACCCGCGCUCGCAUGUCCUCGCCUUACCACUACCCUGAGGGCGCCUACAGCAACCUUCCCUUCAACCCCCACAGCAAGUGGUUCGGCGUCGGAUACUGGGGCUUCAUGGCCACCGGUUUCUUCGCUCCCUUCGGCAUUGCUGUCUACCAGUCCUACAAGACCCAGUAA